AUGGCUCCCGCCGUCGCCGCGAUCGCCGCGCUCAAGCCCGGCGCCAAGCUCGCGGACGGCGCCUUCGAGGUGCUCGCCGUGAACGAGGUCCCCGAGUACAACGUCGCGUGCGUCGAGCUCGUGCAUCUCAAGACGGGCGCGCGGUGGAUGCACUGCGGCGCGGACGACCCGAACAACGUGUUUAACGUCGCGUUCCGCACCACCCCCACGGACGACACGGGCGUGGCGCACAUCCUCGAGCACACCGCGCUCUGCGGCAGCGAUCGGUACCCCAUCCGCGAUCCGUUCUUCAACAUGCUCCGUCGGUCGCUGAGCACGUUCAUGAACGCCAUGACCGCCGCGGACUUCACCUGCUACCCAUUCUCCACGAUGAACGAGACGGAUUACUACAACCUGCUGGGCGUCUACCUCGACGCCGCCUUCUUCCCCAAGCUCUCCAGGGAGGAUUUCCUCCAGGAGGGACACCGCCUCGAGUUCAAGGACAUGGAGGAUAAGAACUCGCAGCUCGAGCUCAAGGGCGUGGUCUUCAACGAGAUGAAGGGCGCUAUGGGCAGCCAGGCGGCGCGAUUCAAUCGCGCCCUGGGCGCGACGCUGUUCCCCACGAGCACCUACCACCACAACAGCGGCGGCGAUCCGGUGUCCAUCCCGACCCUGACCCACGAGGACCUCACCAGGUUCCACGCCACGCACUACCACCCCAGCAACGCGAGGGUGUUCACCUACGGGGACCUCCCGCUGGAGCGGACCCUCGCCAAGUCCCAGGAGCUCGCGCUCGGUAAGUUCGACCGCAUCGACGUCAGCGCGCUGGACGUCGCGGACGAGCGGAGGCUCACGGCGCCGGUGAAGGUGGAGGUACCAGUCCCGGCGGAUCCCGUCGUUCCGGAUCCGAACAAGCAGAGCGUCGUCUCGGUGGCUUACCUCAUGGUCAACCAGAUCAAGGAGAAGGAGGCGGAGCUCGAGAACUUCGCGCUCACCGUCGCGUCCGACCUCUUGCUCAACGGACCGCAGGCGUACUUCCACGAGACUUUGCUCGAGUCGGGGCUGGGCUCGGGAUUCGCCCCGGGGACGGGAUACUCGUCGUCCAGGAGGGAGACGUCGUUCGCGGUGGGUCUGAAGGGCGUGGCCGAGGCGGACGUGACCGAGGUGGAGGCCAAGAUCCAGGGCACGCUGGAGAGGAUCGCGAAGGAGGGCUUCCCCAAGGAGCGCGUCGACGCGGUCAUGCACCAGGUUGAGCUCGGCGCCGCGAAGGUGAGCACCAACUUUGGCCUGGGAGUGGCUUUCGGGGCGAUGGGGACGUGGGUGCACGGCGGCGACGGCAUGAAGCCCCUCAAGAUCCCGGUGCUGGCCGCCAAACUCCAGGCUGCGAUCGACGCCGACUCCAAGUACUGGCAGAAGCUCAUCCAGCGCAGAUUCCUCGACAACUCCCACAGGGUCACGGUGGUGGGCGUCGCCGACAAGGACUACGACGCCAAGCUGGAGGAGGCGGAGAAGAAGAAGGUGGCCGAGAUCGAAAAGUCCCUCACCGAGGAACAGAAGGACACCAUCGUCAAGGAGGCGGUGGCGCUGCGCGCGAGCCAGGACGGCGACCAGAACGCGGAUAUACUCCCCACUCUCAAGGUGAGCGAGGCGGUGCCGCGCGAGAUCAAGCACUGGAACAGCUUAAUCACCAAGACGUCCGGCGGGUUUGACCUGCAGAUCGACGCGCAGCCCACGAACGGGAUCACGUUCGCCAACCUGCUCCUGGACGUCUCCGAUCUGCCCGACAGGCUCGUGCCCUACCUCGACCUCUUCGCCGAUUUCAUCACCGAGCUCGGCACGAAGACGAUGGACUACAAGGCUCUGGCGCAGGAGGAGAAGCUCAAGACGGGCGGCAUCGGCGCUGGCGUCAACGUGCAGCAGUCCCUCGACGCGUCCGCCCCGCCCCGCGUGUACGUCUCACUCAGCGGCAGCGCGCUCGACCGUAACGUUCCGGCCAUGUUCCAACUCAUGGCUGACGUCGCGACAGGCGCCAAGUGGGCUGGCGAGGACGCCAGGCUCGGCCUCCUCCUCUCUCGCCGCGCCGCGAGCGCGGGCGCGGGCGUCUCGCAGAACGGACUCUCCUACGCCAAGGGCCUCGCGAACGCCUCCAUCGACCCGGUCGCCGCGCUGGACUAUCGCACCGCGGGCUUGCCCCACGUCGCGUUGCUCCAGAGGCUGGCGAGGGAAAAGGAGGCUGGCGUCGAGGAGGUGUCCGCCGCCCUCGCCGAAAUCGCCGCUUUCGCGCUCGCGAGAAACCGGGUGAUGCGGUGCAGGAUCAGCGCCAAGCCCGAGGCUUGCGAUCCCGCGGUGAAGCAGAUGGAGGCGUUCAUCGACGCGCUCCCGCUGCGCGGGGCCGACGCGGUCGGCGACGAGCUCACGCUCGCUCAGUCGCUGGCGUCGUUUGCGGUCGCGCCGUCCAAGACUUUCGUGGCGACGCCCACGCAGACCAACUACUGCGCCGCGUCUUACUUGACCGUGCCUUACUCCCACCCGGACUCCGCGCCGCUCUUCCUGCUCGGCCAGGCCAUGUCCACCUCGUUCCUCCACAGGGAGAUCAGGGAGAAGGGCGGCGCGUACGGUGGCGGAGCGUCCGCGGCUCCCGUCGAGGGAGUCUUCGUGCUCUCCUCCUACCGCGACCCCAACACCACCGCCACGGUGGAAACCUUCGAGAAGGCUGCGACGUGGGCGGCGAAGGAGGGUAACCUCACACAGGAGAUCCUGGAGGAGGCGUGGCUCAAGGCGUUCAAGGCGAUCGACGCGCCGCUCGCGCCCCAGUCCCGCGGUGCCUCGCUCUUCACCAACCUGAUGGACGACGAGAGCAGGCAGCUCUUCAGGGACAGGCUCCUGGACUGCACGCCGGGCAGGAUGCGCGAGUGCGCGGAGAAGUACCUGGUGGGCAAGACCCCCGCGCUCGCGAUCGUGGGUAACCCCGCGUCUGUUCCCGACGUGAAGAAGGCGGGGUGGACCUGCGUCGACGCCGAGGGAAACCCGCUCAAGGAGGAGUGA